CGUUCGUUGGAUAUAAUCGGUUUUAACGAUUUAAAUAAGAAAUCGAUACAGAUCCGUAGUGAAAGUGCUCGAUUUUUAAAUGUAUGUUUAUUGUAUAGUUUUCUUACAUUCAAGUGCUUGCAAAUGUGAACAGUGGAUCGUUUGGUUACAAUUUUUGAGAGCGUGUGUACAAUUAAUGUAGAUCUGCCAGCUCUACAAGUGAUUUCAGUUUUUAUUGAUUGGAGGUAAAGGUGAUAAUUCUUUGCAGAUAUCUAAUCGAAAAAUUACAGUGCAGUGUAGUGAAGUGAUCAAAACAUUAUUAAUGUGUGUGAAGUGAUGUGGAUAUCCUUUGGGACUAGACAAAUGAAGCGGCGUAGAGCACGUGUACUCCCCUACGCGUCUGUGCAGUAACUACAAUGUUGGCCGCGUGGCCGUGGCUUCUCGCGGGAUGUUUUUCGCUAGGACUAUCACAACUGCCUCCCGGGUUCAAUUUGCCUGCGAUCACUCAUGUGGAACGGAACUGGUAUGUGAUGGCCACGGACCCGAUAGGUACCAGGGUAACACGAGUGACCAGGGAGAGGACGGGCAAGCAGAAUGUGACGUUCGGCUUGGAGACCAGCGGACCACCCACGCCGUUCGCGAUAGAUCCUCAUACAGGGGAAGUGUUUGUGAAUGACACGCUUAAGGAUAAGGAAAAUAAAUCUUACUCGUUGUGGGUUACGGCAUAUGAUGGCGUAUCACUACCUCAACGGACUGAAGUACUUGCCACCGUAAUAGACAGUUCAGGUGUCCGACCGAAGGUGCCCAGACCGCCAGCGUUCGCGAUCGCCAACUACCCCAGCAUGGCGCUACAACCAAAGUUCCCAAAGCCUCCACAAAGCACCACCAAAGCAUUUGAUUAUAUACCUACAGUACCUGAAACGACAGUCGUAACAACACUUAAACCACCUAAAGCACCCGACGAUAUACCAAAAGAAGUUAAAGAGAAACUUGAUACAAAUGAACCCAAAAAUAGUACGGGCAUUAAUGAAGUACACGUGGAAAAUCCUGUUACUUUAACAAUUAUACCAUUGAUUGCGAUCGGUGCAUUGAUAGCAAUAGUGGCUGGUGUUAUCGCAUUUGUAUGGAAGAAGCGACAUAUUAAAGGAACCAAGAGUACGAAGGAUGACAUGAGUAAAGAAUCGAGUGGGAUUGUACUACAAGAUUCCUCAGUCAACAUGUGGGACCGCCCACGCGCUUACUCGAAUCAGUAUAAGUCCUGGGACAACGGUCAUUUACAGAUAUCAGAAGAAACAACAAUAAGCAAAGAGGAACCCCGCGACGAGUGGGAGUUCCCGCGGCAUCGACUGAAGAUCUUCAACAUAGUGGGGGAGGGCGCGUUUGGACAGGUCUGGAGGGCCCAGGCGAUUGAUAUUGAUGGUAAAAAAGGGGAGCAAACGGUAGCAGUGAAGACUUUAAAAGGAAAUGCUUCAGAGAAGGAAAAAACCGACCUGAUACAGGAGCUAGCUGUAAUGAAGACGUUAGGGACGCAUCCCAACGUUGUUAGACUCGUCGGAUGCUGCACGGAGAAGGAACCUACACUAGUGAUAAUGGAGUUCGUCAGUCUGGGCAAGCUGCAGCAGUUCCUGCGCGACUCCCGAGCAGAGCGUCACUAUGGCAACACGCAUGGUGGUAGCCUCUUCCUUACGUCGCGGGAUCUCACGCAUUUCGCCUUCCAAGUCGCGAGAGGCAUGGAUUUCCUUAGCGCUAAAGGGAUAAUACACCGGGAUUUAGCUGCGCGAAACAUUUUAAUAACAGAAGAGAGGACGUGUAAAGUAGCGGACUUUGGUUUCGCGAGAGACGUCGCGGGCACCCACGUGUAUGAACGGAAAAGCGAUGGGCGGUUGCCAAUCAGAUGGAUGGCGCCCGAAUCCUUGUAUGAUGAUAUAUUUAGUGUGAAAUCUGAUGUUUGGAGUUUUGGGGUUUUGCUGUGGGAGAUUGUGACGCUGGGCUCCACUCCAUACCCUGGUCUGUCAGCUGGUGACGUCAUGAAAAAGGUCCGGGAUGGUCACCGUUUGGAGAAGCCGGAACACUGCCGGCGCGAACUGUACAACAUUAUGUACUAUUGUUGGGAAGCGGAACCGGCUUCCCGGCCCGAGUUCAAGGAAAUUGUUUCGAUGCUUGAGCGCCUAUUGUGCACUGAAAUGGACUAUAUCGAGCUGGAGCGGUUCCCUGACCAUUCGUAUUAUAAUGUACAGCAUUUGGAUGGGGAGAAACUGUAGUUAGAAGUAGAUUUAGGAAUUAAUAUUUUUUUUUAAUCCGAAUAUCUUCAAGGUCGAAUUUGGUCAGUCUGAUAGCUUAAACCUUCGGUCUGUGUUCAUGGCAAUGUUCGAGCAUCCAUUGUGCCUUGUAAUGGACUUUUUAUAUUGGCUGGAGUGGUUCCCUGAUUAUAAUUUUAAUAUUUUGACGGCGAGAAACUGUAAUAAGAAUUAAGAAUUAAUAUUGUUAUAAUUCGACAUGUGACCACUUCCAGCCUCUCCAAAUAGACAGUCUUGAUGGCCUUAACUUUCUCAAACAAAAGAUUUUCUACGGAAGGAACAAAUAUAGGCUAGUAGUAAUGAUUCGAUUGUCAAACAUAGUCUUAAAAGCAUUAUUGUAUUGUUCACAAUGGUAUAUAUUAUAGAUUGUAACGUAGAAUAAGGUGCAGUUUUUAAUGCAAAAUAUUAGUAGGUAGUUAAACGUUAUAUUAGGUACCUCUUAUGAAGAGGACCUAAUAUUAGUAUAAUAACGAUGUACUUAGCUACUGUCUGCUAUUGUUUUUUUGCUAUCCUCAUUAUUAUUAGGUACUGGCUAAUAUUUAUCUUUUUAUCGUUUGAUUUCAUGCUAGUAUCAUGUUAAAAUUAAAUAAUUAAUCAAUUUUAUCCUUAACGAAAUAGUAUUUAAAUUUCGUUAAUAUAAUAUCUUAUUUGUUAUAUUUACUUGUCUUUUAUUGUUUAUGUUAAAAAAUGUUAUUCUUAGCGCAUAUUGGGUAUAAAAAAUAUGAAAUACGUAAUAAAUUUAAUCGUAAAUAGUUUGUCUGUUUCAUCUAAAAGAGUAGAGUACUAUUUUCAAGCUAUUUUCAAAGAAAAACAACAAAAGUUCUAAUCCAAGAUGCGUUGGAAAAUGUUCUUUUGUAUAUAAUAUUUAUAAUACUCUUAUUAUUAUUUAUGAUUAAGAGGAACAAUCGGCUUAAAUUGAUGUGCAAUAUUCAUAAUUUGUAAAUAUUUUUUUUAUGUAUCAAUUGAAAAUUCAUUGAAUAAAGUAUUAAUAAAAUUUGGAAAUAGACAUGUUUGCAAUAACAAAAAGCUUAAACGUGGUCAUUAUGAUUUAAAUAUGUAAAUUAAUAUUUAUUUCUUUCUUUAUUUCUUAAUUAAUAAUAUUAUGACUAUAAUAACCCCGUUCCAAGCAAAAUCAUUUUUAGUAGAAAAUUAAGGUAAGUAUUUCCUUAAUUGAACGUUUUAUUCCACAAUUAUAUCAAUUAAUUACAUGAAAAUUAUUAAAAGAUAAAAAUAUACAAUCAAAACAUCAACCGUUACUUUAAUAUUUCUCGGAAAAUAGCUUUUAAAGCUAAAGAUUUUGUGUUCUAAUAAAUGUGUCGAUUUACAAUGAAAUCAGAAAGUAAAGGAAAUUCAUUGAAUACGUUCUUAUUAUUACUCCGAUGAAAUUACGUUAUGAAGAACGUGAGACAUCUAUAAAUGCGCAGAUUUGCCGUAGAUUUUAUAUGAUCUUAUAAGGAAAAUCAAAGUAACAAGCCUUCCAUUGUCUGAGAUAACAAUGAGACAGUGUUUGGUUUUAAUAUUUCCUGAUUUUACGUUGAGAACUAUACACAUAGGACAAAUAUUGUCUCAACAUAGUAACAAGUAAGUAUUAAAUAUGUAGAUAAAAGAAUCAAAACAAUGGAAAAAAUUAUCAUACUAUAGACGCUAAAACAAUGCUGGCAAAUGUUGAACAUGGUGUGAAUGAACAUCAUUCACGAUUUUCGGGAUUUUGCAAGGAAAAAUUAUAAACGACCAGUCUAUAAGUCAUGAAUCAUGGGACUUAUGUAGGUUUCUUGUGUGUAUAAAUAAAUUAAAAUAUAUAUAGAACUUGGUAUGAAACACUCAUUCAACAAAUUGGUACUUGCAAAUGUAAUAACAAGAUUCUUGAAAGGAACUUUCUUAACUGCGUAUUCUUGUAUGACAACCCAUUCCAUAUUAAUAUAAAGAUGUUUUAUGUAAUUUAUACUACAUCUUAUAAAUAUAAGGUAAAAGAAGUGUGAUGGUAUUAUAGUGUAUCAUGUAAUUUUGAAAUAAAAUAAGUACCUACUGGUAACGAAAUGCUUUAGUACUCUUCGGCAUUCAAUAUAAUAAUUAAUAAUAUGUAGUAUUGCUUAUAUAUUUAAAUGAGAUUUUUGUAUAAAUGUAGCUGUAGCGACUAGUCCUUAGUAAUAAUGAUAAAGGAUACUGCUGUAAUUUAGUUUGUAGGAGACGAUGUAAAAUGUAAUUUUUUGUAUGCACAAUUUCAAUAAAAGUUUUGUUUGAA